AUGCAUAUAAUUGUGCUUCUUUUAUUAUUGCCUCAAUUGAUUUUUGGAGAUGGAAGACCUUCUGGCCAAGAUCCCCAGGAUGAAGAUCUUGAUAUGACGGAGACACCACCAACUACUUCAACCAAGCUUACGAUUACUUCAGCAACAAUUCCAAGUAUUUCGAGUUUUCCUGCUCUUCUUCCAACGUUGCGCAAUAUGGUUGGUCCGUUCCCGGAAACUACUCGUUUGAUACCACCUGCGAUAACUGCGAGCGAUCAGAUUGGCUUUCCACCUCUUGUUCCAUUAUGGACGCCUCCACCAUUGCUCACUUUUCCUACCCUUCCGCCAUUCACUUUACCAACACCACCUCCACCAUCUGCACCAAUCAAUAUCACAAUUGACCCAGAAGCUCUUAUGGAUGUUCCUGAGAUUAUUUCGCAUUGGGGUUACCCUGUCGAGACCCAUAAAGUGGUGACGACAGACGGCUAUAUUCUCACACUUCAUAGAAUUCCACAUGGUAAAAACGAGACUUCAAAAUCUGCAAUGAAAAAACAGAAGCCAGUAAUAUUCCUACAACAUGGUCUCUUAUGCACCUCGUCAAUUUGGCUUCUGAACCUUCCGCAUCAAUCCGCUGGCUUUAUUUUUGCCGAUCACGGCUAUGAUGUGUGGUUUGGAAAUAUGCGUGGGAACACGUAUUCGAAACAACAUUUGCGUAUGAAUAAUGGGGAUCCGCAAUUCUGGAAAUUCAGCUGGGAGGAAAUGUCUAGGCACGAUUUGCCAGCAAUGAUUGACUACGUUGUCAAAACUACGAAACAUUCGCAGGUUUAUUAUGUCGGACAUUCUCAAGGAUCUCUAACCAUGUUUGCAAAAAUGAGUCAAGACGACGAGUUCAGCAGCAAAAUCCGUCAAGUUUUUGCGAUGGCUCCGGUUGCGAGAAUGUCUCAUAUUAAGGGAUUAUUCCACGACUUAGGAGAGGUAUACGAUCAAUACAAGAUGAUUUAUCAAGUGUUUGGUGAUGGCGAGUUCCUGACAAACAACAUCUUUACCAAGCUCUUGACCGACAUAAUGUGCGAUCAGUCUGUUCAGAAUCCGCUAUGCGAGAAUUUUAUUUUUGCAGUGUCGGGACCUAAUAGUAAUCAAUUUAAUAUGUCAAGAAUUGGUAUUUAUUUGGCUCAUAAUCCAGCUGGAACUUCAUCAAGGAACAUGCUCCAUUUUGCUCAAAUGGUCCAUUCAAAAAGAAUGGAACGGUUUGAUUUAGGACCAGAGAAUAAUUUGAGAUUCUACAAAAGUGCGGUACCUCCUGAAUAUGAUCUUCGCCGAAUCAAUUCAUCGAUUCAUUUGUUUUACUCAGAUUCUGAUUGGCUUGCUGGUUCUAAGGACGUUGAAGGGUUCUUAAUACCGAUGCUCAAAAAAACCACUUUGAAAUCGGCGACAAAACUCAAAGACUUCAAUCAUAACGAUUUUCUCUGGGGAAUGAGGGCCCGAAAGGAGAUCUACGAAAAAAUUACCGAAUUUAUUGAUAUGGAUUACCGAAAACUGAAAAUGCAAGACGGAAUUCGUAAAUAUUUUGCAAGUCGACCAGGCAAUCUGCCGACAACUCUUAGCGAGGAGCUCAUCAAACAACUCCGUAAUGUCACUAUGGAUUUGGAUUAA